ACACGGGGUGGACCAGGUAAAGAAAAGUGAGCCAGGAGCUGAGGGUGUGGGCAGCUUGGAAGGGUUUCGACAGGAUCUGGUAUGUGUGUAUGAAGACCCCUCCCCACUCCCACCUCACCCACCAGGCCCAGCUGGCCCGGGCACUCUACGACAACACGGCCGAGUCCCCCCAGGAGCUGUCCUUCCGCCGAGGGGAUGUCCUGCGGGUCCUGCAGCAGGAGGGUGCAGGAGGGCUGGACGGCUGGUGUCUCUGCUCCCUGCAUGGCCAGCAGGGCAUCGUGCCUGCCAACAGAGUGAAGCUCCUCCCCACGGCCCCGGCACCCCAGCCCAGCGUCUCCCGGGCACCCCCAGCCCAGCUUGGCUCACCAUAUCCAGCCCCAGAGCAUGGCAGUAAGGACCAGGAGGUAUACGUGGUGCCACCACCAGCUCGGCCCUGUCCCGGCUCAGGAUCUCUGACUGGGCACUGCCCACCCUCCCCGGACCCCAUCUACAAGAUCCCCAGAGGCAGUGGGGCCCAGCUGGCUGCCUCCGGAGCUAUGUUAGAGGUCUAUGAUGUGCCCUCCACCGCCCUCCAGGUCCCCUCCAGUGACACCUAUGACUCCCCUGCCUCCUUCUCCCGCCCUUUGGGCCGGGUGGCCCUACAGCCUCCUGGAGAGGAAGAAGCCCCCUAUGAUGUGCCUCUGCUCCCAAAGCCCCCCCCAGAGCUGGAGACGGACUUGGAGUGGGAGGGGGGCCGAGAACCAGGGCCCCCUCUCUAUGCCACCCCUUCCAACCUGAAACGGGCAUCAGCCCUGCUCAAUCUGUACGAAGCCCCCGAGGAACUGCUGGCUGAAGGGGGCCUCGGGGGCUCCGAGGAGGACAUCUAUGAUGUACCCCUGCUGGGGCCCGAGGCUCCGCCUUCUCCAGAGCCCCCGGGAGCCUCGGCCUCCAAGGACAUGGACCCUCUGGCCCUGGUUUUGGCCAGGAGCCCACCACUUCCACAUAGGCCCCGGCUGCCCUCAGCCGAGAGCCUGUCCCGCCGCCCUCUGCCUGCCCUGCCCGUCCCCGAGGCCUCCAGCCCUUCUCCAGCCCCCUCCCCUGCCCCAGGCCGCAAGGGCAGCAUCCAGGACCGGCCUCUGCCUCCACCCCCACCCCGCCUGCCUGGCUAUGGGACCCCCAAGGCUGAAGGGGACCCAGUGGGUGGGCAGGUGGAGAAUAGCCCAGAAGGACCCAACAAUGAGUACGCAGGCAUCCCAGUGACCGAGGACUACGACUAUGUCCACCUGAGGGGCAUGGAUAAAGCCCAGGGAUCUAGGGCCCCGGAUAAGGCCUGCCCCGGGGAGCCUGAACUGCUGGAGAGGGAGCUUCCGGAGCAGCAGGACGUCCGGCCCCUCGGGGAGCUGCCCGCCGGAGACCUGCAGCUCCUGCACUUCUACGCAGGGCAGUGCCAGAGCCACUACUCCACGCUGCAGGCAGCCGUGACAGCCCUGCUGGCCAGCAGCCGUGCCAACCAGCCCCCUCGCCUCUUCGUGCCCCACGGCAAGCGGGUGGUGGUAGCAGCUCACCGCCUGGUGUUUGUCGGGGAUACCCUGGACCGCCUGGCAGCUUCAGCCCCCCUUCGGGCACAGGUUGGCGCUGCCAGCGCCGUGCUGGGCCAGGCUUUACGGGCCACUGUGCUGGCUGUCAAGGGGGCCGCGCUGGGCUACCCAUCCAGCCCUGCGGCUCAAGAGAUGGCUCAGUGUGUGGCAGAGUUGGUGGGGCGGGCCCAGCGAUUCACCACCCUACUCACCAGCCUGGCCCCCUGAGGUCCAGGAGCCCCUCUCUGCGCCUCCCCACCCCUCCCCUGCCUGCCACAGCCACCACAGGGCCCUGGUGGCCGGAGGGCUCUGUUUCAAGGACUAGAAGAGGCAAAGGUCAUUUUGCCCUUUCCUGCCUCUUCAGUCAUCUCAGCCUCUCACAGAGGUGUCUCCUCCCCUGGCCCUCAGCUUUUUGUACGAGCCAUUUUGUAUAAAUUAUUUAUAUUUAAUAUUUUCCCUGUUUUGUCA